UUUGAACGAACGGCAGAUGCCUAUCAUUUCGACGAGGAGAUGAUCAGAGAAAUUUGGAAAAUCGGCCCACUGUUAUAGAUACGUUGUGGAGUUUUAAUCGGGAAUGUAUUUUGACAUUCGGCCGAAGAGCGAUACGCGGUGUUGACCAAGUUAAAUAUUGUAAACAAUGUUAUCUGCAGUUCCAAAAAAACAGAAGUGUCAUUUUCGCAAAUCUGACAGAUUAAAAAGCGAUUGACGAGAUCGUGAUAUGCAUCUGGCAAAGGAUUUCGCUCCUCGUAUCACAUAACCUCAAAAUAAAAAGCCAGGUGAUCCCCAGAUAAACAUGGAUAAUUGCGGCGAAGGCAGGGACAGUUAUGUCUCUCAGAAUGGUACUCGGAAAAAAACAUGGUCCGAACUUCGGGGUGUCGUCAGUGAUCUCAGGAGACGUCUCGCCGGAGUUUCUGCCGGAUCCGUACCUGCCUCCAUCACUUUUAGAUCCCUACCAGACGGACGGAUGAGAAUAUAUUUUCUGAGCACUCCGCCACACGGAUGGGAAACGACGCUGCUUUAUGUCGACAUCGGACAUUCAGAUAACGCUAAUGGAUACAAAUUGAAUUGGCAGUCACUUAUAGAGGCUAACUUUCAAAGCUUGUCAUCCGUAAGUCGACUGUCGAGAGAAGAGCAACUCCUUUGGGAGAGAAAAAGAUUAGCCACAUGGGGCAUUACGAGUUACGAAAUUCAUCCCGAAAGUGGAAAACUAGUGUUUCCAGCUGCAAGCAGUCUAUAUCAAUGUGUAGAUAAUGGAAGUACGCCUGGUCUUCUAUUUCCGUCUGAAUUGAGAAUGUCGACGACUGGUGCUAAGUUAUGUCCGCAAAUUUGUCCUUGGGAUCAUGCUCUGGUAGCCCAUACAUGCGCGGGUGAUUUACAUUUGUCACACAGUAUUACUGGAUCUUCUGUAAGGCUGACUUACGCGAAAAAAGGUGGAAGAAGCUUGGCUGAUGAUCCGUUAAUGGCUGGAACACCCUCCUAUGUAAUGCAAGAAGAAUUCACGAGAUUUAUCGGUUAUUGGUGGCAACCAAAAUCAACUGAUGGAAUUUAUAGAAUAGUUUACGAGGAGGUUGACGAAAGUGAUGUAAAGAUAUUCUGUUUUCCCUCUUCGACUUCGAACUCUGGUGAAAUUGAAGAAUUCAGAUUUCCGAGAGCUGGAACUUCGAAUGCUAGAAGUAAUUUGAAAAUGGUGCAAUUCAAGCUCUCGGAAACCGUCCAGGUCAUCGAUACUGAAAUAUUAGAGCUUCAGUAUCCACUGCACAUUAUGUUUCCAUGGAUGGAGUACGUCGUUCGAGUUGGUUGGACCCCAGACGCACAAUACGUUUGGGUGCAAUUGUUGGACCGUCGACAACAGAGGCUUGAGCUGGUACUGUUGUCGGUAGAUAACUUCUGCGAGCCACCUCCAAAUGUUUAUAAUUCGGAAAAUCAUUUCGCGUUAUCGUCAGCGAGUGUUCAAGUGAUUUACUCACAGACAAGCAAUAUCUGGAUAAACGUCAAUGACUUGCUGUACUUCUUACCAUCCGAUGACCCCACGGAAGUUAAAUUUAUUUGGGGCAGUGAAGAAACUGGAUUUAGACAUUUGUAUCUUGUCACAUCGAGCAUAGCUGGUUUAACAAGUGGUGUGGAAGAACCGUUAGAUAGAAUGGAUAAUGUGUUUCUUCAGCCCCGAGUUAUAUCAAAAAUUGCACUGACAAAGGGGAAUUGGGAAGUAUUAGGUAGAAAUUUAUGGGUUGACGAAACUAAUUCUAUAGCUUAUUUCUCUGGUCUGAGAGAAGGACCAUUGGAACAGCACGUUUACGCCGUAUCAUUACGCCGUCCAUUGGAGAUAAGACUGCUUACACGACCGGGUUAUAGUUACAACAGCGUUUAUUUUAACAAACAAUGUACUAUGCUCGUCGCCGUUUAUAGUUCUAUUAAAACAUUACCCACAUGCCAGGUAUUUAGGAUAUCUCAGUCAGACUGGACAGUAGAAAGUAUCACUCUCACACCAGUCGGCUAUCUGUUAGAGCCAUCGGCACCCGAUUCGGAAUUAUUUGCGCCCGAGAUUUAUACUCACAAAAUAAAAUCGGGUGAGACAAUAUUCGCCAUGAUUUUUAAACCGCAUAAUUAUCAACCAGGGAAGAAGUAUCCUACCAUAUUAAACGUUUAUGGAGGACCAGAGGUUCAGCUUGUAUCUAAUACCUUCAAGGGUAUGAGGCAUUUACGAAUGCACAUGUUGGCCGCUCAGGGAUAUUCCGUAGUUCUAAUUGACUCGCGAGGGUCGCAAUAUAGAGGUUUAAUGUUUGAAAGUUAUUUACAAAGAAGAAUGGGAACUGUGGAGUUGAUUGAUCAAGUCGAGGUGCUGCACUGGUUAGCCGACACGACAGGCUGCAUCGAUAUGUCCAGAGUCGCAAUUCACGGCUGGUCUUACGGGGGAUACUUGAGUCUAAUGGGUUUGACUCAAUAUCCUGACAUAUUCAAAUUGGCCAUCGCAGGAGCGCCGGUGACUUCGUGGAAUUUAUACGAUACCGGUUACACGGAGCGUUACAUGGACCUCCCGGAAAAUAAUCCGCAAGGUUAUGCGACAGGGUCAGUCUUGAAUUAUAUAAACAAAUUUCCCGAAGAAGAAAACCGAUUACUCAUAAUUCACGGUCUCAUUGACGAAAACGUCCAUUUUUUCCACACAAGUCAGCUUAUAAACGCGUUAGUUAAAGCUGGAAAACCUUACGAACUACAGGUGUAUCCAAACGAGAGACACAGUUUGCGAAACGUUGACGCGAGUAAACAUUACGAAACCACCGUGUUAUCUUUUCUGCAAAAUCAUUUAUGAAUUUAUUUUACAUUAAUUUCUUGACCACUAAUCAAUUUUUACACCACAAAUGGCAGUUUAGGUAGGUAAUUAAUAAGCAAUGUCGUGAAUGAUCGGCAAGUCAAGACUGUAGUUAUUUAUUUAAAUGAAUGGAGAAACAUUAUACGCUCUUCAAAAUGUGAGUUUUUAAUGAAAAAUCGUGUUUUGUAUAUAUAUAUACAUACGAAACACGAUAUAUAUAUAUAUCAUUGACUUGUACAGAAGAUUUUUCGAGGUACAUAUAUUCUAGGAAUAGGAUUCCAAGCAAUUCGUCGUCGAAGCGUUUCCCUACUACUGCCUGGAAGGCUCAGGAAUCACACGUGCGUGAGUGGUCAAUGAUCAUCACCACUCAUAAGCGAAUCACAGUUAUUCUCUUAUAAUGAAGACUCUUAUAAUGAGGUAUUACUGUAUCAGAGAAAAUCGAAAACCCAAGUGGUUAGUGGUUUACCUUUUCACAGAGUUUAUUCGCGAUCAGAAAAAGGAAAAACUCCACUCAUACUCAUUGUUGAUCCGUACAAACGAACUUGUACAGUUUUUCAAACCUGCUUUGGUACUUGAUUUUUCAAAACUGUUAGCAGCCCCAGUAAACGGAAAAGGAUUGAAACGUAUUAAUUCAGAUUCAUUUUGAUGACUGCCAAUCCGAAAUUCUAAAGAAAAUGUAUUGCAUGAGGUAAAAAUCAAUCCAAAUUCAUCGUUCUAUUGUUAUCAUUUUUUGCGAUUUGGCAUAUAAUUUUUGAAACACUUGGUAUCACACUGUAAUUACAAUUCCUUGUUUCUGGAAAUUGGCUAGACCUGUCGAUACCUCGUAAUUGUUAUCCACCCAUUGCCAUAUAUGUGAUCUAAACGAUUACUUUAAAUUACAAUUUCAAAAUCGAAAAAACGGAUUCAGCUUGAGCCUCAACUUUUCUAUUUUUUUCAUUGUUUUCAAUUUUUUUUUUUUUUAUCGUUUGCUGGGGAAAAACGGGCUUAUGUAAUAUACAAUCCCUAUACGUAAAUCUAUUUUUGGAUGCCAAUAGUGUAUCAAAAUAGGUAUUUGAAGCACAUGAACUAAUUAUUUUCGUGCUUUACAAGGUGGUGGGAUUGGAAUAUGAAGUUUUUAAUUUGCACAACCGUGCGUGUUAGAUAAUAUAUAUCUAGACUAUCGAAUUGCCAUAAAACGCAAAAAAAAAAGAAGAUAAACUGCCAUUAGAUCAUGUACAUAAAUAAACCAAUGUCAGACAUAAUUUUUUGUUUUCAAAAACUCGAUAAUUUCACAAAUCAAACUUAUAGAAAAUACAAGAUAUGUUGUUUGCCCUUAACUAGUGACAUCGGGUAUAUAAAUUUUGCAAUACAUACUGGCUGCCCCUGACAGUAUUAACUUUUUUAAAUUCAGCAUGUAUAAAUGAUUGACAACAUCCAAGGUAUUGUUAAAAAGCUUUUCAAUGUGUAGCGUUCUUCCGGUAGACAGUUUAGAGUUUUCGGUAGGUUCUAUGUUUUAAUUUUAAUCGUGUUCCGAAAAUACGUAAAUAUUCACUAAAUUAUGAUAAUUUGACUAAUAGUAUUUUAUCAUACGAACGAAAAGAGAAAACGUUAGAUUAAAACUGUGUAUUUAGGUGCGAGACAUUUAACAUUAAGAAUCGUUAUAUGGAGACCUUGGGCAAAUUCAUGGACGCAGAUUUGAUUAAAUUUCACAAGCUAAAUUCUCAAUUUUAAACAUUUCGUCGAGGGUAAAAUCAUACUUGAACUGUUUUUGCCAUGAUUGUCUUUAGAGUAGAAUAGAGAUUGAUAACAGGCUAGUAGUGGGGAUAAUCCUACAGCUGCAAUUAAAUUUAACACUGCUGUGAUUUCACAAAUUAGUCCGUAAAAUUCACUUCGUGUGUGAAUUUAUUACUGGAGGUUCAGUUUUAAAAACAAUAAUCAAAAUCGGGCAUCGAAAAUUUAUUCAAUAACAUUAUUGUCAUAUGACAAUGAAUUAUUUGCAUCUGAACAAGAAAUGAAAUUAUAUACACCUUUUGCGUUAAAUUGUUAAAAUCCUCUACUAACAAAUUAACACAAGGUUUUUUUGCAUUUAACUGUACUUAUUAAAAAUUGCCCUCUUACAUUACGAACUAGCCUCUUAAUAAAUUAACAUUGAAAUAUUAUCAUUUAGAAUGACAGAUGAAAAACUAACAGAAUCAUUAUAUACUAUUGUUUUUGUAAAUAAAACGUAAUGUUUUCGUAAUGACUUCUUUGUCUCUCUCUCUUGAAUUCGAUAGUGAUUCUAAAUAAGUCGUGACUCAUACAUACGCGAUUUUUAACUACUGUAAGACGACUUUGUACGUCCUUUGGAUGAUGAUAAUAAUGAUAAUAAUAAUUAUUAUAAUUAUAAAUAUGUCGAAAAAUAAAUUAAAUAUUUUGUAA